AUGGUCAAGGAAAGCAAAUUUGUCUGCUCCCUUGUGUUAUUACUCCAGGUAUUCCAAGCUCGCUGUCAGACACCUGGUUGUGUGAAUGCACCAACAGUCAGCUAUCGUUUUGUUUGUGCUUCGUUAUUCAUUGAUUCUGUUUGCUCAUCUGGUCACAAACAUAGAUUUUGCUCUUCGCAUGAACUUGGGGAAGGAGUCUAUGUGAACAGCCUACAAGCAGCUGUCUCUAUCUUGCUGUCAGGCAAUAGUUUUGCCAAAAUUGAGCGAAUGGCAAAGUUUUAUGAUUUGGCACUUCUUUCAAAGUCAACAUUUUAUCGCUAUCAGCGUUUAUAUCUGAUUCCCGAAAUAAAUGAGUGGUGGGCAUGGACAAGGCAAGAACUUCUGAAGGAAUUUGUUGGGCAAGAUAAUGUCAUUGGUGGUGAUGGACAGUGUGACUCACCAGGUUUUAAUGCCAAAAAUCUAUGCUAUUUUAUGGUUGAAGCCAAUAGCAACUACAUCAUCGAUAUUGAAAUAUUAGAUAAGAGGCAUGUUGGUUUAGCAUCAACCAACAUGGAAAGGGAAGCUGUUAAGCGUGGGUUGGAGAGGCUGACCCAAGACAUAAAAGUGGUGGAAUUUGUGACAGAUGCAUCAACUUCUGUUAAAGCACUACUUGGUAUGUACAACACACAUAUAACUUUAACCCAAUGAGUCACAUUGCGCUCUCCUUUAUUAUUUUUACUCUCCCUAAUGCCAGACGACUUUACUUGUCAAGGGGAUAGCGCUAGCGCUUAAUAGUAAUCAUUCUGUUGGAGUGCAACCUAAUAUUAUUCAUCUCAAUUUUCAGAAAACAACUUUCCUACAAUUGUGCACAGUCUAGAUGUCUGGCAUAAGUCCAAAAGUAUCAAAAAGUGUAGUCUAGCAAAGGUAUGA